ACUAAACUAAAGACAUUCAUUUAACAAAUUAUAAAGAAUUCCAAUUAUUUGUAAUUCAAGCUCAUUUGUGUACUGCCGUCCUCAAUUGACAAUCCUGUUAUGCCACCAGCAACUUUAAGUAAAUCCUAAUAUUACUGGUUGAAGCUUCUUUUUUCUUCAUGCUAGAAGUUCAUCAAGAUGUUUGAAACAUUUUUCAAAUGUCUAAACGGCCUUUAACAUCUUAGUAAAUAAACCUGCUUGCCAGAUGUUUCUGUAAGUAAACCUCGCUCACUUGAGAUAUACCUAUAAAUUAGCACAUCACAACCAGUUUUUCCGUUUGUUUUGCCAUUUUGUUGGAUGUUAAUAUUUAAGAUAACAUCUACCCUCCCAGAAAACAAACCUCAACGUAUACAUGGAUCUGGUGACAUAACGAGGCGUCAUAGUCAUUGCUUUUUUUCCUGAAAAUUAGCUGAUUUUUGCUAACUGGCUAGCAAAACAUCACACAGUAACUGGCUAAAAUAAUUUAGAACAACUGCUCACAAAUAAGCCAAUUCCAACAGAAUAACAACCAUUUUGCUUUAAAAUGAUAAACUCAAGGCAUGCUGUGGAAAAUCAAAGGUUUGAUGUUCGUACCUCUUGUGAUGUCAUCAACUCUCCCCUCCACACACACACAAAGCAGAAAAAGUUUUUCUAUUGGCUGCACUUUCCGUGAAAUCAAGCAGAAAUGUAUACUUUACAUUUAAAACCCUGUUUUAUUCUUACUUGUCCAUUUGUUAAGGGAGAAAAAAGAACAUGGAAUAGUUUUCUUUAAAAAUUCAUUUCACAUUUUCUCAGCGAGACAAUAAGGCGCUCGUUUUAUAAAUUGAGUCACAAUUUAUUAAUUCUCUGAGGUUUUAUUCCCAAAUUAAUGUCGCUCUCUUUGGUUAUUUUGUUGUUACGGAUGAGAUCUUUUGUCUGCAAAACCACUAAAUAAAUCCACGGCGCAUAAUCUUUUCCUUUGAUUUGAUCGCACCAAAUGUUGUCAAGACAACAUUUCGCAAAAAACCCGAAACUACUUUCAUUUUCGAAACGUCACUGGAGGAGGACCAGCGGAGGCUUUUUGUUGGGACGCUCCACCGCGAAACCUUUAGAAGUGCUUCCGGCCGUCCCCGCUCCGGACACUUCCAACAUAUUUUCAAGGAAAAGUGUUUCGCUUCGUGCACCCGAGUUGUUUCUCAAGCUGUGGAACAGCAGCAAAAGCGUGGGUAGUGUUUUGCAUUUAGCCGCAAAGACGCUCGGUUCGCAGGGCCCGCACGCUGACCAGUGAUGGACCCGCUGGAUUUCCUGGAGCACGACGAGCUGCUCAGCUUUUUCCACUGUCGCAAAACAGAAAUGUCCUGCAUGGAAAACCCGCGGACCUUCCUGAACCAGCUCAGGGACCACAACCUGAUACCGGAAGACAAAUACAAGACGACGAUCCGGAUGAGAAGUAAAGAUAAAAUGAGAAAAGCUGUUUAUGAACUCUUAGACUGGCUUGAGAAAGAGAACUCGGAGCACAUCCCGCUGUUCUUCAGAAGUGUCUUCAAAGACGUCAUCAUGAACCAGUAUCCCACCCUGAAGCUGCUGCACAAUAGUCUCAUGGACGGCUCUUUCCACUUUGACCCAAAACUACCUGAAAGGAGGGAAACCGAAGAGAGCGACGAAAGGGGAAGCGCGAAGGUUUCCGAAGGCGAGGAGAAGGAAACGAAGACCGCCAAAAAGAAGAGGAAGCUCACAAGCGGGAGCAGCGAAGGCGACGAUGAGCAGCCGGGCUCGUCAGCAAAACAGACUCCAGGUCAGAAGAAAAAGGCCAAGAAAAUACAUUUCUCGUCUCCAAGGAAGGGGGAGGUGGGCGAGAUCUGGACCUGGCCCCUCUAUAAGACCCAGCUGCCUGUGACCUGUGGCGAGAUGAAGGGGACGCUCAUACGAGACAAGCUGGCUAACGGUGAAAAGUGCAUCCAGGUGGACAAACAGCGGUUCACUCCGUCUGAAUUUGAGAAGUUCGCAGGGAAAGGAAGCGCCAAGAACUGGAAAUUGAGCAUCCGAUGCAAGGACACCCCUUUGGGAAAACUUAUCAAGGACGGGCACCUGAAGGCAGCGGUCUACAAAAGAAGAAUCAGACAGGCCAGAAAAGCCCUGUUUGUUGCCAGUCAUUCAAACACAGAUGAAGAAGACAGUGAGGAUGAAGAGGAAGCACAGCCUUUAACAGAGGAAGCCUCAGGAGAAGAAACGGAGGAACAAGGCGAGCCGACACAAGUGGGCCCGGAUCAUUACAGGAGCAUGUUCAGAGUGACGUGUGGAGCUUUAACUGGGACUUUAUACAAAUGUCGGUUCGCAUCAGGGAAAUGUGGGAAAAGUAUUCGCACCGAGGUGAGCUGGAUGAGUCCGGAGGAGUUUGUGAACACAGCACUAAACCAGAGAGACGCCUCCUGGAGGAAGGACAUCCUGUACGAAGGGGAACCCCUCAGCGUUCUCCUGGAGGCAAAGGUCUUGACGAUGCAUUCGUUGCUAUGCAAAUGCAAACGGUGCAAACCGAAACCUGAAGACCUGGACGAUGACAAAAAUGACGACAAGUGUUGCAUCUGUAAAAGUGAGGGAGAGGAGGACUUGGUGGAGUGUGAUAAAUGUCCGAGAUCAUUUCACCAGAACUGCCAUCUGCCUCAUAUAGACGACACGAUACUGGGCGAUGACAACCAGUGGCUUUGCACAUUCUGCGUCUUUAAACUCACUGAGGAGUGCCGCUACCCCGACGAGCAGAGAACCGAAGCCGUCAUGUCCCGUCAAAUAUCUCAACACAUGCUGGAAUGCGAGUAUCUCCUCCUCUAUCUGUGCAGCUCUGACGAGGAGCAGAUAUUUGCCACCGACCCGAGGGAGUAUCUGAAAAAUUACUGCAGCAUUAUUAAGACUCCGAUGUGGCUGGAAAAGAUUGCAGGCAAACUUCAGAGGAGCGAAUACCAGACUGUUGGCGAGUUUGUGUCUGACGUUCAGUUCAUUUUCACCAACUCUGCCACAUACAACAGGAACAAUCCAGAAUACCUGGACAUGGGCGAACACCUGAAGCAAUUAUUUGACAGAGAAUUCAAGAAGGCCUUCAACAUCCAGGAUUAGACGACAGACUCACGGACCACCACUUACAGACACUGGCUAUACAUAAAUAACAUUUAAAUGUUGUGCUGAUAAUACCGUAUUUUCCGCACUAUAAGGUGGAAAACCUUAAAUUUUCUCAAAAGCCGAGAGUGCGCCUUAUAAUCCGGUGCGCCUUAUAUAU